CCCAGAUCCACUGCUUUGCAAAUUUGCUGAUGGCGGCCAGAAGAAGCGUCAGAAUCAGGGCAAAUAUGUGCAGAAUGGACGGGCUUGGCCACGGGAAAGUGACACGGGUGGGAUGACCUUGACCUAUGACCCCACAACAGCGCUACAGAAUGGGUUCUACACGACACCCUACAGCCUGGCUCCCAACAGGAUGAUUGCCCAGACUGCGCUCUCCCCAUACCUUCCAUCACCCAUUUCCUCCUACCAGGUUCACAGCCCAUCAUGGAUGCACCAUCAGUCGUACCUCAUGCAGCCCACGGGGACAGUGCUGACCCCAGCCAUGGACCAUGCGAUUUCCAUCCAGCCCACCUCCAUGAUGGGGCCCCUAACCCAGCAGCUGGGCCAUCUGUCUCUCAGCAGUGCUGGCACAUAUAUGCCAGCGGCAGCAGCUAUGCAAGGAGCCUACAUCCCCCAGUACACACCGGUGCCUUCCUCUAGCAUUGCAGUUGAG